CGGCAUAGAAAUUGGUAGUUGCCUCUAGAGGGAAGAGACGGCGUCGAAGGCGAGUUAGCAUGCAAAUUGCGGCGAGAGCGCGGUUAGUUCGACAGUCCUUCGAGUUACGCGGCCCUCGCGUUUCCCUCGCAACGCACGGUUGGCGAGGACGAGUGCGGUGUUACAAAAAAAUCGCGAUGGAUUCGCGCGCCCGUAUAUCCUGUGAAUUCAUGGACAAAUCGAGAAACGAGACGUAAAAAAACAAGAACACGUGGGGGGUGAUAUUCUAUUUUAUGCAUUAUCGAUUUCACUAUUUUAAUCCCGCUUUUUCCACCUCUUUUUAUUUUCGUCUCUCUUACGCGUCUCUAUUUACAGCAACGUCAUCGAGAAUGGACGGAUGGGCGAAAUCGAGCGUUUCGUCGACCGGAAUAGCACUGGAUGUUCAUCAGCGUCGCGUCAACGUAAUGUCAACGUCAAAUAUUCUUACGUUGGCUGAAUGUCAGUGAUAAUCCGAUGCCACAAUGAGUUGUUUGCGAUUAUCGUCACUAGUACUGUAUUUGAUACAAGCAUAGCCAUAUCUCGUGAAAAUGCGUUAGCGAAUGAAGAACAAAAUAAUUUUGAAAAUAUAUCAUUAGCGUGUAACAAUUUUGCAAGUCCAUUGUACAAGAGACUAGCUUAUAUAAGUGCCGAGAUGAAUAUAGUAAUUUCUCCUUUAAACGUAUAUAUAAUGUUGUCCUUACUUUUUAAUGGCGCUGAAGGAUCCACACUGGAUGAAUUAAAAUCUGUUCUUCACUUCAAGGAUGAAAUAUCUUUUAACAACGAAUUGAAAGCUUUAAUAAUUUUAUUAAGUGAUAUUAAAAACAAUGAGUUGCAGAUAACAAACACGGCUUAUGUUCAAGAAGGAAUUGAAAUUAUGGAUGACUUUUUGACGAUAUAUACACACACAUACAGUAAUAAUUUUAUAUCUUUCCUUUCAUAUAUAGAUUUCGAAUAUAUCGAUAAUGCUCAAUAUAUUAACUACGCCAUUCAAGUAAUAACAAAUAAUAAGAUAUCCGACGUAAUUUUACCAGAAUAUAUCAACGACGAUACAAAAUUUGUGUUGGUAAAUACUGUCUACUUUAAACCCAGAUGGUUAGACAUUUUUGAUGAAAAGGAUACAAAAGAACACAUGUUUCACGUUUCUAAAACACAAAAAUAUUUUGUGCCGACAAUGUUUAAAAAUUCAAUAUAUAAAUAUGGCAUAAUAGAAAGUUGGCGUUGCAGCUUUAUCGAAAUCCCGUACUUGAAUGAAGACAUGGUAAUGAUAAUAUUAUUACCGGAUAAAGAAAUAACACUAAAGGUUCUGGAAAAUACUUUUAAUUGGCAAACAUUGAUAAAUACACUAAGAUUCCCCAGUCCUAUUUUAUUAUAUCUACCUAAAUUUAAGUUUGAAAUUACUAUAGAUUUAGAAAAUGUUUUACGUAAGAUUGGUUUGAAUAUGAUGUUUGAGGAUCAGGCGAAUUUUAAACGUCUCUCAAAAUCUCCUCUAAAAGUGAACAGAGUAUUACAAAAAGUGAUCGUAGAAGUUAACGAAAAAGCAUCGGAAUUUCCUGCCGCGAAAGUUGUUAACGUAAAGCAAACAUCAAAAAGGAACAAGCCUAACAAACGAUUGGGACGAUCGUGGGGAUUUAUAGUAAAUCGUCCGUUUAUGUUCGCAAUCGAACAUAAACGUACCCGAAUGCCAUUGUUUGUAGGAAGCGUAAGGAUACCAAACAUUAGUCGUUUUGCUCGAGUGACAAGUAAUGAUGAAUUAUAACUUUUAUAUUACAUUUUUUUUAAUUUAAGAUUUUUUAAAAUUUAUAUUGUACUAUGCGUAUAUAUAUGGUUUAUUAGAAGUUUAAGUUAAGUUGUAAACAAAGAGUAAGUUUUUG